CCCCUCUCCCUCUCUUUAUAAGAGGUUUCUGAGCUCUCCUGGUUUUUUAAUUUCUAUCUCACGGGUUGAGAAGAAUCCCAAAAAGAAAUAAUUUAGGGUUUCUGGAGGGAGAAGAAGAGAGAGGGAGGAAGGAGAAAACGUGAGAGAACUACGAACGAUGGGUAGAGAAGGCACUAAAGGAUUUCUUCUGUAUCUUCUCGUGUGUUUCUCCGUCGCCGUCGUUUCAGUGUUUCAUUUCGGAGAUUCUUCGGACAAGACACAACCCGAUGUUCUUCUCUCUUCCUCGUCUACGCUCUCUCACUCCCCGAGAAUCUGGCCGGAUUUGGAGUUGAGUUGGAGGGUGGUGGUGGCUACUGUGAUAGGGUUCCUAGGCUCUGCUUGUGGAACCGUGGGAGGAGUCGGAGGCGGCGGCAUUUUCGUUCCUAUGCUCACUCUGAUCAUCGGAUUCGACACCAAAUCUGCUGCCGCAAUUUCGAAAUGUAUGAUAAUGGGGGCUUCAGCUUCAUCGGUUUGGUACAACCUAAGGGUUUCCCAUCCAACAAAAGAAGUUCCCAUCAUAGACUACGAUCUCGCCCUUCUCUUUCAGCCCAUGCUUCUGUUAGGAAUCACUUUCGGCGUCUCCCUGAGUGUUGUUUUCCCCUACUGGCUCAUCACAGUCCUCAUCAUCAUACUAUUCAUCGGGACUUCUUCAAGAUCCUUCUUUAAGGGGAUCGAGAUGUGGAAGGAGGAGACAAUUUUGAAGAACGAGAUGGCAAAGCAACAAGCGUCGAUAGUUAAUUCCCGUGGAGAACUUUUGAUCGAUACCGAGUAUGAGCCGCUCAUCCCCAAGAAAGAGAAAUCAGAGCUGGAAACAGUAUGCUCAAACCUCAAUUGGAAAAGGCUUCUGGUUCUGGUAAUCGUGUGGUCGGCUUUCUUGCUCAUCCAAGUUAUCAAGAACGAAACAAGGGGAUGCAGUACAUGGUAUUGGGUGCUUUUCAGCCUACAGCUUCCUAUUGCGAUAGCUGUGUUUGGGUAUGAAGCAGUGAAGUUGUACAGAGAGCACAAGAAGAGAAUCAGCAGUGGAAACACUGAAACAAUAUGUGAAGCUUCCAUUGAGUGGACGCCUCUUAACCUCAGUUUCUGUGCGCUCUGCGGUAUUGUGGGUGGCACCGUAGGCGGCCUCCUCGGCUCCGGCGGCGGGUUUGUUCUCGGCCCUUUGCUUCUCGAGAUCGGUGUCAUUCCUCAGGUUGCAAGUGCUACAGCUACAUUUGUGAUGAUGUUUUCUUCAUCCUUGUCGGUGGUUGAGUUCUAUCUGCUCAAGAGAUUCCCCAUUCCAUACGCAUUGUACUUGAUGUCUGUAUCGAUCCUGGCCGGUUUCUGGGGACAAUCCUUCAUAAGAAAACUCGUGACGAUCUUGAGAAGGGCUUCGAUCAUCGUUUUCGUUCUCUCUGGCGUCAUCUUUGCAAGCGCUCUCACGAUGGGAGUUAUAGGAGUAGAGAAGAGUAUAGAGAUGAUUCACAACCACGAGUUCAUGGGGUUCUUGGGAUUCUGCAGCAGCCAAUGAUCGUUGGCCCUGCCCAAAAGAAGAAGAAAUCAUUAUGAUGAAUUUGUGUUGUUUGAGUUAAAUUGGUUGUUGGCCAAUCCUUUGUUGUCCAACACCAAAGAAUAAAUCUGUGGUAAUGUCAUUAUGUCAUGUGAGUUGUUUGCUUGUGGCCCAAGUAAUUAGUCAUCUGGUUCAUGGUUGCUUGCGGUCCAAGUAAUUAGGCAUCUGUUUCUUGGUCAACUCAUAGUUGACCAUAUCUUAAAGAUGGCAUUGUUAUUGUUUUUCAUGUAAUUAAAUUCAGAUAUGUGCUGGGAAAUUGGAUGUUCAUUGUUAUUAUUGAUUCUAUGUUGCUCUU